UCGCCGUACGCUAGUACGUUACCACACGCCAAAGAAAACGCCGAUUUUCCCAUUUUCAUAUAUCGCAAAGUUCCUAUUCCUAACCUAUAAACAUUAAUACAUAGUGCCGUGUGUUUUUAAUCUGUUAAAAUUCGAACGUGGUGUAAAUAGAACACAUGUUCUAUUUUCAAACUCUUUGAUUCUGUGCUAGUGUUUUUGUCUGAGGUCGAAGUGAUAAUAAAAACAGUAAAACGCGAUUUAAAAAAAGAAUCAACGAGUGACUUCCUCUAAGAUUUUUUAAAAAAAGAACAACAAUCGCCUGUGUCCAUCGAGUAUCAAAAUGGCGCUGCCGAUGUUAAGGCGCUGUUGCGGUUGUCUCUCUUUAGAAAAAGGGUGUCUCAUCUUGUCCAUUCUCUCCACAUUGUGCUGCAUUGCCUACAUCAUCACGGGGUCAUGGUAUAUGCGGCAGCAUACAGAGAGGAAGCCGGAAGACAACCUGAUAUCCAUGACCAUGGUGAUGUUUGGCACUCUCUCUGCUAUUAGUAACAUCGUGGUUCUGUUAGGAGUUACCUUAAGUCGUCCGGGCUUCCUACAGCUGUCACUGCUGUGCAACUCCGUGUUCAUGCUGUGCAUCCUGCUGGUGGACAUGGUGACGUGUCUCUUCAGUAACGAGCUGGCGCCCUACAUACAGCAGCCGGGGUACUUGGCGCUCAUCAUCAUACUAAUCCUCGCUAAAGCAGUGUACUAUAUCUACUACUUAACGGUCGUUAACAGUCUCUACAGGAAGAUGAAGAUGUACGGUGACGGUGAAACUGCCUUGCCUAUAUAACUUGCCUCGAAGCAUACCUACAUGAUGAUGGUCCUUGGGCCCUUGUAAUUUAUUUUAUCUGUAACGUGUUUGGGCCCAAAAUGGUCGGUCUCCUUUGUGAUUUACACAAAUUUAUCAUCAUCAAUAAGUAUCAGCCGAUGGACGUCCACUGCUGGACAUGGUCUCGAACCGCCAGAAUCCAGCGGCUCCCUGCAAACUGCUUGAUGUCCUCGGUCUAGUGGGAGGUCAACCAACACUGCGCUUUCCGGUGCGGGGGUCGCCAUUCCAGCACCUUGGGACCCCAACGUCCAUCGGCUUUUCGAACUAUGCGCCCUGCCCAUUGCCACUUCAACUUCAACAGCUAUGUCCGUGACUUUGAUUCUUCUGCGGAUCUCAUUUCUGAUUCGAUCACGCAGAGAAACUCCAAGCAUAGCUCGCUCCGUCGCCCGUUGAGUGACUCCGAGCCUUCUUAUACCUCAUUAUUAUUCCUUGUAUUGCACAAAUUACAUACACAAAGUUUGAGCAGAUUGGCCAUAACUAAAAUUUUGUUCCUAGACCCAAGGACUGUAAUAUUAUCUAAUUAAUAACCUAACCUAACCUAACCUAACAGUCGUUUAUAUGUGUAGAAGACUGCUGGCAAACAAUUGUGAUCAAAUACGCUUUUUAUAUGUUUAAUAUUGUUAUCGUUAUUGUCUACUGUUUUGUAUGUGAAUAAAAUCUAGUUACGAUUAUAAUAAUAAGAAAUAUUUUUUAUCCUUAUUAGUCUGUUUGAACGACUCAGUAUACCAGGCCUCCUUGUCUUGGUCCUUUUAGCUUAAACCCACCACGCUGUUUGAUUCUUUAACUACUACCAGGGACUCUAGAUUCUUUUUCUACAAACGCUAACGCUUCGAAAAGUAACAAAAUGUAUGCAAAUGACAUUCACUAUCGACCAGAGCCUGUACCCAUAUGACACGUCGUUUCUCUUUCUACAAUAGAUGACGCUUCGAAAAUUUAAAAAAUGUAUGGGAAUGACAUUUGAUAUCGACAGGUCACGUGAUCAAGUUGUCGACCGGGUCUGUCAUUUCCUUACAUUUUGUUAGUUUUCGAAGCGUUAGCGUUUGUAGAAUAGAAUCGUGCCAAGUUACUUCGCCUGCCUAUGCAGUAGAGAAAGUAACUUUUUCGAGCAAGUGAGAUGAAAAAUAUUUUCAAGGGGGGAUUCAUGCGUUUUAAUGUGAAUAAAACCAAUGAGUAAAGUUGUUUAUUUCAUUUAUUUUGCAAUAUUAACUUCAAUGCGUUCAACCAAGCGAUUGUACAACAGUCAGAAACACCAAAUGUCUAUAAAACCAAUGUUAAUGUCACAUCUGUGUAAAUAACUAUCAUGGCAACAUUUAAAGCAUUUAACAAUUGAUUUAUUUAGUUGGGUAAUAUUUAUAUAAAUCCUUUUAACGGGUCCAUUCACAUACUGUACUAAAAAUAAUAUUAACAAUAUGUAUCUACCUAAUCAUAUAACCCCAAAUUCUCACCUUAAUAUAUUAAAUAUUAUUAAUUUUGAGAAUAAUAGUUAAGUUUCCGCAAUUUACGAUUACAGUACGUAUUAUGAACGUCAUACGGCAACUGUCUACAUACCCAUGCUAUCUGAAAAACAUUUUAGUACAUAUAUAAAUUCCUUUCAUACAAAAAUACUAAAAUCACGAUUAGAAAAUGGAGGU